UUUAUUCCCACCAAACUGAAACACUCUCCAAACACCCGAGUCGCACUUGAGACCGGUGCAUUUCUUGCUUAAAGAGAAAUAAAAUAAAAUGCCUCGUUCGAUUAAUGUUAAUGCCCCCCUCGUCCCUCCUCUUCACUCUCUUAAAAACUCUUCAGGUUUUUCCAACUGAGCGAUUCAGGCUGAGGCGGGCGCAACCGCACUAGAGGGGGAAGUCAAGUCGUGCUGGACUGGCGCGAUAUCCUCGCACGGUUCACAACUAAAAGAAGACCUGACCCAGCGCUUAAUCAUGCCUCAUCAUGAUGGAAUAUGCUGAUUUUAAAAGUUGACCAGGGAUUUCUAGUUGUGGGGUGUUUGCGAGGCAUGGCUUUCCUUCUGACUUGCUUAUUCCUGUCUUGUUACAGUGCGAACAGUGUUUGGGGAAAUCAGCACGGUGACACCAGCAUCUAUUUGGAUAACAUCACGCGCAUAUUGGAUAGAUUACUGGAUGGCUAUGACAACAGGCUACGACCUGGAUUUGGAGGUCCAGUUACAGAGGUCAAAACUGACAUCUUUGUCACCAGCUUUGGACCUGUGUCAGAUGUUGAGAUGGAGUACACCAUGGACGUGUUCUUCCGUCAGACAUGGAUCGACGAGCGGCUGAAAUUCGAGGGCCCCAUCGAGAUCCUGCGGCUCAACAACCUAAUGGUCAGCAAGAUCUGGACGCCAGACACCUUUUUCCGGAAUGGCAAGAGGUCGAUCUCUCACAACAUGACCACCCCCAACAAGCUGUUCCGCAUCAUGCAGAACGGAACUAUCCUCUACACCAUGAGGUUAACUAUAAAUGCAGAGUGUCCCAUGCGCCUGAUGAACUUCCCGAUGGACGGCCACGCCUGCCCGCUCAAGUUUGGGAGUUAUGCUUACCCCAUCAGCGAGAUCGUGUACACUUGGAAGAAAGGUCCUCUGUCGUCCGUCGAGGUGCCGCAGGAAUCAUCCAGCCUGCUGCAGUACGACCUCAUCGGUCAGACGGUGUCGAGCGAGAGGCUAAAGUCCAACACAGGUGAAUAUGUCAUCAUGACCGUCCACUUCCACCUGCAGAGGAAAAUGGGCUUCUUCCUGAUUCAGACCUACAUUCCCUGCAUCAUGACGGUCAUCCUGGCCCAAGUCUCCUUCUGGAUUAAUAAGGAAUCAGUUCCUGCUCGGACUGUGUUUGGGAUCACCACCGUCCUGACCAUGACCACGCUCAGCAUCAGUGCCCGCCACUCCCUCCCCAAAGUUUCUUACGCCACAGCAAUGGAUUGGUUCAUCGCCGUUUGCUUUGCCUUCGUCUUCUCCGCCCUGAUCGAGUUUGCAGCGGUCAACUACUUCUCCACCCUGCAGGCCAAUCGGGAGCUGCGGAAGGCGGCCGCCAUGAAGGCGGCGGCUCAGGAGGCAGCGGCUGCAGCUGCAGCUCCGCCUGCAGCCGCUGGGAACGAUGGAGAGGUUUCCUCAGUGGAUGCCAGCAGUGUGCUGAAGAAGAGGAUGAACUCUGCUCCGCUGUUUGACCGGCCUGCGAAAACAUUUCCCAACCCACCCGUCAACGCCCAAGCCUUCCUGCAGCAGGGUUCAGCUGUACCGGCCAACAACGUUCUGACCGGCACCAGCAUCAUCGACAAAUACUCCCGCAUCCUGUUCCCUCUUUCAUUUGGCGCCUUCAACCUGGUCUACUGGAUCGUCUAUCUCACCAAGGACACGAUGGAGAUGUCCAGGGACACCGUCUGAGCCAAGAGUUCGUCUUCCUGGAAACCACAGAAUCACACACUUCCAUACACACACACCAAGAUAUAUAUACACAAUGAAUAGAUGACAGACGUUUGCCAAGCAGUCUUUCAUGCCGCCUCAGUGCAUUGUAUUUCUUUUUAAGUACUCCCUUGGAAAGUGAGUGUGUUGAGAGCAGAUGAACCAGCUUCUAUUGCCAACUUGACCCAGGAGCUCACAGCUUGUGGGCCCUAGGCUCUGGAACCAUUUCAAACAGGUAUUAUCUCUCUGUCUCUUUCAUUUCUUUAUUUCUCUUCCCCAAUGUUAAAGAAAAAAAACAGUACAAGCUAGGACACUUUUCCAGUGUCGGUCCUGUAUUCCCUGCCAAGUGGAAGGUCAAGGCGUGUCAGCUAAGCUAGCUGGGCUGCAGACCCAGAGGCAGAGCUCCUCUUUGUUGUUCUCUUCUGUAUGCCUGCUUCUCCACACAUGGGAGCGAACGCAUAUGUGUUUGAAAUGAGCCAUUCCCCGAUUCUGUGAACACUCUUCAGGGAAUGAGUGUUGUCCUGACUGGAUCCAGUCUGACUGACUCGCAGGAACUCUUUCACUCGCAGCUUUUUUUUUUUUUUCUUUUUUUUUUUUCUUUUUCCCCACGACACUCAUUUGCAACAACAUUUUUUGGUUCAUUGGCUUAAUUUCCCUCCACUGAUGGAGUACAAAGGAUGUGAAGCAAAAUCUUCAAAGGGUUUUUCAGGGCGUGUUCCACAGAUACGUUUGCCUGGUUGAAGAUUUGCUGUCACAUGCACAUGCGGACGGAGAAACGUGCACAUGCGAGUACAGAGAAGACACACACCGCUCACUGAGACUUGAGGUUUUCCACGAUUUUCACAGUCACAGGAUUAUAUGCCCUAGAUUUCCUCAUGACAAAUGUAAAAACAUCAGUGCAUGAUUUAAUGAGUAUCAUAAAAUAAUGUGUUAUAGCCCAAAGCUGUGAUCCAUCUGGUUCCAUUUUUUGGGAAACUCACAGACACACUGCAAAAUUGUCAAGAAAGCAACGUUUAAAGGGGAACUGUGGAGCUUUGGAGAAGAAAUUCAAACUCAGGAUAUUAAUAUUUUCAAUAUUAAGGAGGUUAUAAUACAAAAUCAGUAUUUUAUUUUUUCCUUAACUGAAUGAACAAGUUGUUCCCAGAACACUGUUUGA